AUGGUGCCGGUACUUUGUCGAUUUGGGGGCGACCUCAUUCGUGAAUCUAUUAAUCUUUAUUACAAGGGAGGCACGAACCGCAUUGUUUAUGUUGAUCGAGCAAUUGAUUACCACAAUCUUUUAUUCAAAGUGCGUGGGAUUUGCAAGUUGACUGACAUUAGCAGCAUUGAGUAUAAAUAUCCUGGUCUAUAUUUGGAUUCACUUGUGUCAAUUGUGGAUGAUGACAAUGUAUCUAAUAUGAUGGAAGCAUUUCCUAAAAGCGGUGAGCCAAUUCAGCUCUUUAUUUCUGGUGCCCAAGAUCUUUCAAAACCCAUUACAAUUUCAAGUAAUCUGAUGCAGAAUGCUGAUAAUGGAAAUGUCCAAGCAUCAUCGUGGGGCUUACAUGAAAGUAACAAAAGACCUUCCACACAUAAUAUUAACACCAAUAAUAAUGAUGUUCCAAGUGUGUCAAAUGACUUGCAUAGAAUAGACUGCUUGUCGAUGGAUAGUAGCGUCAAUGGCAUGCCGAAAAUGAUGUCAAUUUUAAAUGAAGGCCAAGAAUUUGAAAAUGCAAAUGCUUUCGACAAAGCUUUAAGGGAGUACGCCAUUCGUUCAAAUUUCCAAUACAAGCGAACCAGGUCAGGUGGUGGCCAUUUUCAGGCGAAAUGCAUUAACGAUGAUUGCUCAUGGCGCAUAAAUGCAUGCAAGCUUGCUGACAAGUCUACAGUCCAAAUAAUAUCCUUGAAGAAAAACCAUACUUGUAAUGCUGUGAAUGAAUCAACAAUGUCAAACCCAACAAUGCAUCAACAAGCCAGUAGGAAAUGGAUUGCUUCUUUGGUUAAGGAUCGACUACAAAAAAAAUUGUGUUGUACACCCAAAGAUAUUGUUGAUGAGAUUAGUCGAGAAUACAAAAUCAAUGUAAGUUAUGGAAAAGCAUGGAGGGGUAAAGAAUUGGCACUAAAAGAGAUGCACUCUGACGAAUCUAUUCAAGCUCUUAGGAUGCUUUGUAAAGAAAUUGAGAGCACAAAUCCAGGAAGCACAGCAAAGUGUAGUAGGUCAUCAGGCAAGUCCUUGAGACUUUUUGUUGCAUAUAAGGCUGCCAUUUGUGGUUUGAAGCAAGCAUGCCGACCACUUGUAAUGCUCGAGUGUAUAAAGAUAGAAGGAAGACACACAGGUGCAUGGCUCCUUGCCAUGGCCAUUGAUGCAGAAGACGAUGAGUUCCCAGUCUCAUGUGCAUUUGUUGAAUCGAAGAACGUAGGAAAUUGGAAAUGGUUUUGUGGUGAGUUGGCUCAAGUCUUGGGAUAUAUACCUAAAUUAACAUUUACAUUAGAUAGGCAAGAAGGGAUUCUUGAAGUGGUUAGUGGUAUCUUUCCAUACGCAUGUCAUCGAUACUCUCAGGGGAGGCUGGUUGAAGAAAUUUUGCAAACAUUCAAUUGUUCGGAUUUGGAGGAGCUUUUUACAAGGGCAACUUAUGCAACGGAUCGUUCUGAAUUCAAUGCUUGUAUGCGUAAAAUUCAUGAUAAAUACAAAGAUGCAUGGAAUAUUGUAAAGGAUAUUAAUCCUAAGCAUUGGGCCACUUCUCACUUUGAAGAGAAGCUUUAUGUUUGGGAGGAUUUUUUUAUAUACCGGAUGUGCAGCUGGAGGGAUAAGUUGGAGAGUUGGAGAGACCUGGAUAUCACUUCUGCCUUAGAAAACUUGCACCUUUAUAUGAUAGAGAUAUUCAAUGGAAGGUUUAAAAAAAGUUUAAACUGGGAAACAACCUUGGUUCCUAGAGCCGAAAAAGUUAUUUCUGCAGGAGAGAUGUGUUCGGGGUGUUAUUAUGUCUCAGGAAGUGCAGAAAAGUUUGAUGUUCUUUAUGAGGAUGGUGCAAAUGCAGAGAAGGUGGAUCUUGAACGGCAAACAUGCUCAUGUUAUUGGUGGAAAAUCUGUGGGUACCCUUGCAUACAUGCUAUUCAAGCUAUCCGAUACAGUGGUGGCAAUGUGUAUGACUACUUUGAUGUGCACUACAAUGUCAGCAAAUACCACAAGACAUAUUCAGAGGAUGCAGUUUUUGGUUGA